CCUCCUCUCUCCUCCCUUAAACCCAAAACCCUGCGCCCUUUCUCUCUAUCCUUAACCGGACAAAAGCUACAGAAGCAGAAAAAAUGAGGAAAAAGGUCGAUGAACGUAUCCGAACCCUAAUUGAAAAUGGCGUCAAAUCUCGACACCGUUCCUUGUUUGUCAUCAUCGGUGACAAAUCCCGCGACCAGAUUGUUAAUCUUCAUUAUAUGCUUAGUAAGGCAGUGGUUAAGGCUAGACCUACUGUUCUUUGGUGCUAUAAAACCAAGCUUGAACUCAGCAGCCACAAGAAAAAACGAGCGAAGGAGGUGAAGAAAUUAAUGCAGAGAGGACUUCUAGAUCCUGAAAAGGUUGAUCCCUUUUCCCUUUUUAUCGAAAGUGGAGGGAUAACAUACUGCUUGUACAAAGAUUCAGAGAGAGUGCUUGGUAAUACUUUCGGCAUGUGCAUACUACAGGAUUUUGAAGCAUUGACACCAAAUCUUCUAGCAAGAACUAUAGAAACUGUGGAGGGUGGAGGAUUGAUUGUUUUGCUCCUGCGUUCUCUGUCCUCAUUAACAAGUUUGUGCACUAUGGUUAUGGAUGUUCACGAGAGAUUUCGCACAGAAUCCCAUUCUGAUGCCACUGGGCGCUUCAAUGAACGGUUCUUAUUAUCGGUUGCUUCGUGCAAAGCAUGUGUUGUUAUGGAUGAUGAGUUGAAUAUUUUACCCAUUUCAACUCAUAUAAAGUCAAUCACUCCUGUUCCUGUUAAAGAGGGCUCUGAAGGUCUUUCAGAAGCUGAACGUGAUUUAAAGAAUUUAAAAGAGGAACUCAAUGAGGAAUUUCCUGUUGGUCCUUUGAUUAGGAAGUGUUGCACCCUUGAUCAGGGAAAAUCAGUCAUUACCUUUCUUGAUGCCGUCUUGGAUAAGACUCUCCGUAGUACUAUUGCCCUGCUUGCUGCUCGUGGUCGUGGUAAAUCAGCAGCUCUUGGUUUGGCAGUUGCUGGAGCUGUUGCUGCUGGGUAUUCUAAUAUCUUUGUAACUGCACCAAGUCCUGAAAAUUUGAAGACCUUGUUUGAGUUUAUCCGCAAAGGAUUUGAAUCCUUGGAGUAUAAGGAACAUAUUGACUAUGAUGUAGUCAAAAGCUCCAAUCCCGAGUUUAAGAAAGCAAUUGUGCGGAUUAAUAUCUACAAACAACAUAGGCAAACAAUCCAGUAUAUACUACCGCAUGAACAUGAAAAGCUGUCUCAAGUUGAGCUUUUGGUAAUUGAUGAAGCAGCAGCUAUUCCGUUGCCUGUCGUGAAAUCUCUUUUAGGCCCAUAUCUAGUCUUUAUAUCGUCUACAGUUAAUGGUUAUGAAGGUACUGGUCGAUCUUUAUCACUGAAGCUUCUGCAGCAACUGGAGGAGCAGAGUCAGAUGUCUAAGAAGCUGGACAGUUCUCUUUCUGGCCGGAUUUUCAAGAAGAUAGACUUGAAUGAAUCCAUCAGAUAUGCCACUGGUGACCCUAUCGAGUCUUGGCUUAAUGGGUUGCUCUGUUUGGAUGUUGCAAAUUACAUUCCCAAUAUCACCAGGUUGCCUUCUCCUAGCGAAUGUGAUCUUUAUUAUGUUAAUCGUGACACCCUUUUCUCCUAUCACAAAGAUAGUGAAUUAUUUCUACAGAGAAUGAUGGCUCUUUAUGUUGCAUCCCACUACAAAAAUUCACCAAAUGACCUGCAACUAAUGGCUGAUGCUCCAGCACAUCACCUUUUUGUGCUGCUCGGCCCUGUUGACGAGUCAAAGAACCAUCUUCCUGAUAUUUUGUGUGUAAUUCAGAUCUGUUUUGAAGGAAAAAUCUCUCUGAAUUCUGCUAUGAGGAGCUUAAGUGAUGGUCGUUCUCCUCACGGAGACCAGAUACCAUGGAAAUUUUGUGAGCAAUUUCGAGAGACAGUUUUUCCCAGUCUCUCAGGUGCUCGUAUUGUGCGGAUAGCCACCCAUCCUAGUGCCAUGAGGCUUGGGUAUGGUUCAGUUGCUGUGGAGCUCUUAGCUAGGUACUUUGAAGGACAGUUGACUUCCACAUCUGAAACAGAUGAUGAUGAUAUUGACGAGCUACCUGUCAGUAUUGUUCAAGCAGCCGAAAAAGUAUCAUUGCUAGAAGAAAAUAUUAAGCCCAGAACAAACCUUCCUCCUUUACUUGUGCAUCUUCGUGAAAGACGUCCCGAGAAACUACAUUACAUUGGAGUAUCCUUUGGCCUUACGCUGGACCUGCUUCGAUUUUGGAGGAAACACAAAUUUGUUCCAUUCUAUAUUGGCCAAACCCCGAAUGCUGUGACCGGAGAACAUUCUUGCAUGGUCUUAAAGCCAUUACACAACAAUGAUAUUGAAGCUGAUGCUUCUGAUCAAUUUGGAUUUUUGGGUCCAUUUUAUCAAGAAUACAAGCGAACCUUUAUCGGACUACUCAACUCGAAUCAUUUUCGUUCCAUGGAAUACAAACUUGCCAUGAGUAUGUUGGACCCAAAAAUCAACUUUGCAGGGUCGGAACCAGCAGGGUUGAACACGGAUAGGAUUUUGAAGACUAUAGAUGAGUAUAUAACACCUCUUGACAUGAAGAAAUUGCAAGCUUACGUAGAGAAUCUUGCUGAUUACCGUCUGAUCCUACACAUGGUUCCUCGCCUUGCACAUUUUUACUUUGAAGAAAGGAUCCCUGUUUCAUUGUCAUAUGCCCAAGCAUCAGUUUUGCUCUGCCUUGGAUUGCAGGGUCAAGACGUGUCAUAUGUUGAGGGGCAGAUGAAAUUAGAAAGGCAGCAAAUAUUGUCAUUAUUCAUAAAAGAGAUGAAAAAGAUCUACAAAUUCCUCUGUGGUAUUGCCACCAAAGACAUUGAAUCAGCCCUUCCUCGUCUAAAAGAAAUUGUGAUGGAACCUCACAAAAUAACAUUGGAGGAGGAACUUAACAAUGGAGCAAAACAAGUGAAGAAUGACAUGAAGGCCAAGGCUGAAGGCUUGCUGGAUCCUGAGCGUCUUCAACAGUUCGCCGUAGAGGCUGAUUUUGAUAAAGCCCUUAAAAAUGGUGGUGGGAAGAUACCCUCAAUUUGCAGUGUAGAAUCCAGCAAAAGCAAGUUGAAGAAGAAAAACAAGGAUGAUAAUGAGAAGAAAAGGGGUAGAGAUGAGCGUGGCAACAAAUCUAGCAAAAAGAAGAAAUCAUAAUUGGAAGUCAAGAGAAGAAGGCCCUUAAGAGGAGGACGAUAAUCAUUUCUUUCUAGAAAGUGCUGCCUCGUUGUUAGGGGCUGUAAUACCCGAGAUGCAGUUCAGUUGCUUGAUUUAAACUAACCCUGUGACCCACCAUAUCCGGCUUUCUAAUUUAAAUUAUUUUGUCCGUUUAA